CAAAUUUAAUCAAAUUAAACUGGUUUUCUCCUAUGCUUUUAAUGGAGAAACCCCAAAUUUGAGGCAAAAGAAUAAUGCAGUAUGACACAUGUCAAGUAUAUAAAGUGCGAAUUCCACAUAAAGUGAGAAGAAUUUUGACUGAAAGCUUUUUAGUAUCAGCAGGAGAGGCAGAGGCAUCGGCAUCGGCAUCGGCACAGCCCCAGGGUCGAAUACGAGUAAGCAACCAAUACUCUUAUUUAUGUUUUGUACUCAUCGGGUCGUUUAUUCUGCAAUUUUAUAGCACUUACAGGAUAGAAUCCCGUAGAUCCACGAAAUUCUUAUUGGUAGCAAAGGGGAAGGGGAUAAAAAAUAGAAGGUAGAAUGUCUCUGGAGGUCACCCAAAUUCUGCUAAAUGCACAGUCUGUAGACGAUGGGAUUCGAAAACUUGCCGAGGAAAACUUAAAACAAUUCCAAGAUCAGAAUCUUCCGGCCUUUUUAAUCUCCUUGUCUCAUGAGCUCGCAAACAAUGAAAAGCCUAUAGAAAGUCGGAGGCUUGCGGGGUUGAUUUUGAAGAACUGUUUGGAUGCUAAGGAAGCCCACAGAAAGGCUGAACUGGUUCAGGGAUGGAGAUCGUUGGAGGCCUCUGUGAAAACCCAGAUCAAAGAAUUCCUUUUGCAAACCCUAAAUUCUCCGGCCAGAGAUGCCGGCCACACUUCCGGCCAGGUAAUUGCUAAGAUUGCAGGCAUCGAACUUAAACAUGGGGAGUGGCCUCAGCUAAUUAAGGUGCUCCUCGCGAAUGCGGAGGGUUCGCAGCCUGCCCAUCUCAGGCAGUCAACCUUAGAAACCCUAGGAUUUGUUUGCGAGGAGGUCUCAUCCGAUUCGUUGGCUCAGGAUGAGGUGAAUUCAAUCCUCACUGCCGUUGUGCAGGGUAUGAAUUCGAAUUCACCGGAGGAUGGUGGUGGUGAUGUCAGAUUGGCUGCCACCAGGGCCCUGUAUAAUGCUCUGGAUUUUGCACAGACCAACUUUGAUAAUGACAUGGAGAGGGAUUACAUCAUGAGUGUGGUGUGUGGUGCCACUAUUUCACCUGAUGUUAGGAUUCGUCUUGCUGCAUUUGAGUGUCUGGUGUCAAUCUCGUCAACGUAUUAUGGAAAGCUCAGGCCUUAUAUGCAGGAGAUAUUUACAAUUACGGCCAGAGCGGUAAGAGAAGAUGAGGAGCCUGUAGCUCUGCAGGCUGUAGAGUUCUGGAGCUCGAUCUGUGACGAAGAGAUUGAUAUAUUAGAGAUGUUUGGGGAUGAUUUUGAUGGGGAUUCGGAGGAGGCGCCUUGUUUUCAUUUUAUUAGGCAGGCACUUCCUUCGCUUGUGCCGAUGUUGUUGGAAACAUUGCUGAAGCAGGAAGAGGACCUGGAUCAGGAUGAGGAAGCAUGGAAUUUGGCAAUGGCAGGUGGCACUUGCUUAGGUUUGGUGGCAAGAACAGUGGGUGAUGAUGUGGUUCCUCUGGUUAUGCCAUUUGUUGAAGAAAAUAUAUCGAAACCGGAUUGGCGGUGCAGGGAGGCAGCUACUUAUGCAUUCGGUUCGAUUUUGGAGGGUCCAUCUGCUGAGAAAGUUAGUCCCCUUGUGAGUCUCGCACUCGGCUUCAUGCUUAAUGCAAUGAAGGAUCAGAAUAAUCAUGUUAAGGAUACAACCGCAUGGACUCUUUCCAGGAUUUUUGAGUUUCUGCAUGGUUCCUCAGUGCAAACUCCUAUUGUGACACAAUCUAAUCUGCCACUCAUUGUCUCUGUUUUACUUGAGAGUAUGAAAGAUGUUCCCAAUGUUGCAGAGAAAGUGUGUGGUGCAUUGUAUUUCUUGGCCCAAGGCUACGAAGAUGCACCAAUGAGCUCCUCACCACUUUCUCCGUUUUUCCAGAACAUUGUUCAAUCUCUUCUAAGUGCAGCUCACAGGGAAGAUGCAGUUGAUUCUAAGCUUAGAACCUCUGCUUACGAGACAUUGAAUGAAGUUGUAAGAUGUUCAACUGAAGAGACAACACCCAUAGUGAUGCAGCUGGUUCCAGUCAUCUUGAUGAAGCUUAAUGAGACCCUUGAAGUCCCAAAGCUCUCUUCAGAAGGCAGUGAGAAACAAAAUGAGCUGCAGGCUCUUCUAUGUGGCUGUCUGCAGGUUAUUAUUCAAAAACUGGGAGCUUUGGAAUCUACAAAGUAUGGCGUUCUACAGUAUGCAGAUCAGACAAUGAAUACUUUUCUGAGAAUAUUUUCUUCUCGGAGUGCUACAGUACAUGAGGAGGCAAUGCUAGCCAUUGGGGCACUAGCAUAUGCAGUUGGUGUGGAAUUUGGCAAGUAUAUGCAAGAAUUUUAUAGAUAUUUGGAGAUGGGCCUUCAGAACUUUGAAGAAUAUCAAGUCUGUGCUAUCACUAUUGGUGUGGUUGGUGAUGUCUGUAGAGCAUUAGAUGACAAGGUGUUGCCUUACUGUGAUGGCAUCAUGACACAGCUUCUCAAAGACCUAUCAAGUGAUCAGCUGCAUCGUUCAGUAAAACCCUCAAUAUUUUCAUGCUUUGGAGAUAUAGCACUGGCUAUUGGGGAACACUUCGAAAAAUAUCUGGGUUAUGCGAUGCCUAUGCUUCAGAGGGCAGCAGAGUUGUCUGUGCAUUCUGCUGAUCAAGAAGAUGAAUUGAUCGAAUAUACAAAUCAGCUGCGCAAUGGAAUCUUAGAAGCAUAUUCAGGCAUUUUUCAAGGUUUCAAAAACUCCUCCAAAAAAGAGUUACUGCUUCAUUAUGCAAGUCAUAUUUUGCAGUUUCUUGAGAGUAUCUACCAGGACAAAGACAGGGACGACGUUGUCACAAAGGCUGCUAUUGGUGUUUUAGGAGAUUUGGCAGACACAUUAGGUGCAAAUGCUGCUCCUCUGCUACGGCGUUCAGUAUUUUAUAAAGAUUUUAUAAACGACUGUUUGUUAUCUGAUGACCCUCGGAUUCAAGAGACUGCCGAAUGGGUGAAACAAAUUAUGAGUCAAGUUCUUUCAGGCUGAUUUUUCUUGUCCAAGAUGAUUUGGUUAGUUUGGCUAUUUCUUAUUAACAACCAAACUACUUGUUUAUCCUAUGGAGUUUGCCACCAUGAUUGAGGUUCCUUGGCAUGGGUCACGAGGUUUUCAGGAGUUGUCCUUGCCUCUGUUAACAUCUGGUCACUUGCUUCCUUGGCAAUAAGACAAGGGAAACUCUGGUCUGGUCGUUUGGAAGUCCUGCUUGUCCAUCAGGCUUCUAUGGGACUCCGACAUGUAUCCAUGAAUAUGCAAUUGGCCCCUAAUAUCAGUAUCCAGUAAAAUAUCACACAUCUCUGUUGAUCAUGCAUGUCAAUAGUUGCAUUCCUAUUUUCUAUGCAUGAUUCAGAAUGUAAUCUGUGCUUCUAGUAGCUUCAAACAUUACACUUCAACAGACAUAAUACAUGGUACUAGUCUUCAUCCUUGAUUCAAUUAUGCUUUUCUCUGGGUACAACCUAGACUUAUUUUUCUCUAGCGCCUUGCAGAGUUUUGGUUUUGCUUCAACCUAGGCUGGUUUCCAGCUAGCAUCUUUCAGUGCUUUGGUCUAACUUCAAUUUAGACUGGUUUAUGUCUAGUACCAUGCAACCUGAUUUAGAUACAAUGUUUAUAUUGACUGAAUCAGCAAAUUAUAACUUGUUCAGCCAUCACACAAGCUUCUUCUCAACCAUUGUGGAUCCGUUGCUCCUGAUUUUUGUUUAUAUUUGGAGCACGCACUCAUUGCUGGACUGAUUCUUUUGUCAUACCCUACAUUGCCGGUGUAAAGUCAUAUGAAUGUAAACGAAGGAAUUAUUAAAUAUUCCCACAGUAUGUUCAUAAGAGUGUUAUUUGUAUGCUAAGUGCACUGUUAAGGGAAUGGAUUUAAACUUAUUUA